AUGGAUAUUCUAUUCAUCAUAUUGAUCGAUAUCGUUUCCUUCACGACAAUUUCUAGUCUUUCGUGCAUUACACUCUACGAUCAGAAAUAUAUUAAGAAGGAUGAUGCGAAUGCUGAUGAUAUUAAGAAACAUCUCGAUCGUUAUAAUGUUAGUAAAGUAAAUGGUACUGGUCGCUGUAUAGUACUUAUGCGUAUAACAUCUGACUCAUCGCGUCUACUUUUGGAAUUCAAUGGUUUAAUUUCUUAUGCAUAUGUUGCUCAUGGUCAGAUUAAUUUUCAAACGAUUAUUUCCAUGAAUAAUAAGAGAAAAACAAACGCUGAAAACUAUUUGUUAUAUUCAUGUUCACAGCCAGAUGGUUGCGAAAAACAAUUCAUAUACAAAAAUAUUGAUUGGUUUUCAAUGGAAUAUUUUGAAAAAGUACAACAAACUGUUCGUUCUUUAUUUUCAGAGUCGUUUGAUUUUGACAUAAAAUGUUUCAAUAAAAAUAAUACUGCAAAGAAAUGUUCAAAUAAAGUAUGUGUAUAUUCUUAUCCUACCAAAGAAAACCACUCGACGCGAAUGUGUGCUCCUCAACCUGGCUUACCACAUUAUUUAGAAAUUAAUUCAAAGAUCAAUACAAUUAAUAAAACAGAGUAUCGAUCGUUUCAACUUCGAUGUAAUGGUAACAAAUGCAAUAGUGAAGAAAAUACUCUCGAAUUACAAAGAAUUCUUCAUGAAUAUUAUGAUUUAUCACCAUUACAAAACAAUCCUAUAUAUACAAACAUAUCGAUCGAUGCUAUGAAAACAACAACUAAAUCAUCGACAAGACGUACUAAGAGUACGAAAAUAACGCCAUCAAUUGAUAAGUUCAUGAAAAAUAGCAUGUCUCGUAGAGAAACGAUUAAUUUAGUAUUACGACUCUUUCUUUUAUCAUUAUACUAUAACUUACAGAUAAUGAGUAUCAUUACGUAG